AUGGCUGCCGAGGAGAGCAAAGAGACAAAGGGACUAUUUGGUAUGACUUGGAGAAACUAUAUUUCAUGUCGGUACAAAGAGCGAGGACAAAAGUUAGCUAAUAGUAUGACUUCAUGCAUCCGUGCUAAUGGUGUGAUUGAACCUCCUCAACAAAGGACAUUACAAGAGCAAAUAAGGAACAUGCAUGAUCCAACCCGGAAGGAAUUGUACGAGGGGUUGAUCACGGGAGAAAGAGGCUUAAAAAGGAGCAGAAAGUCCACUGGAGGUGCGAGUACUAGCCAUAAUCAUCCUUCAUCUAGCAGCGAAGAGACGCAAUUGGAAGAGGAUUUGCAUGGUGUGGGUACUAGCCAAAGAGGUGGUCGUGGUGGUCGUAGGGGCGGUGGUCAUAGUGGUGGUGGUCGUCGUGAUGGUACUCGCACUCGUGGUGGUGGUGGUACCACCAACAAAAGAGGUCGUGGUCGCAAUGCUUAA